AUGUAAACAAAAAGCUGUUUAUCUGUGAAGCAAAUCAGAAGUAAACAAAAAGCUGUUUUACAGAGUUUCCUCAACAGAUUUCAGGAUGAAACCGGGUCAGAGGAGAGGAUGAGGAGCUGAUGAAGAGGAGUUGGGUCAGAACUUGAGUGAUGAAGAGGAGCUGAGGGCGGGAGGAUGAAGCGGCGGGAGGAGGAGUAACACUCAGAUGCGGAAGAAGAAGAACCAGGCGGUGAGCAGCAGAAGAAGAAGAAGCCCACCAUGACCGCCGGAGUGCAGCUCCUUCAGGCGGACACUUGUUGAUGAAGCCCCGGCGCAGCGGCGGCUCCUCGGCCUCUGAUUGCCCGCCUUCGCGUGUCUUCCCGCGGGUUCGGGCCCCGCUGGUUCGCCGCUGGCUGGCCUCCCAGCCCCCGCAGAGGCAGAGCAGACAGCCUCGGUAACUGCGGGUCUGUCGGACCGACAUGUCAUCUUUUCUUCAUCCAGCCUCCUGAGCCCGGGCUCCGGGGCUGUCCUCCGCGCGGCGCCGCUGGGUGGCACCGCUGUCUCCGGGCGGGUCGGGGGGUUGAACCGACGAGACUCCAGUGGUUCUGGCCGGGUUUGUUUGCGGAACUCGGAUUGUUUUUUUCUUCAGGAGUUUGAUGAUUAACAGGCUGGUUCGGUUCGGCGGGAUCCUCCAGGAAACACACCGACCUCGGCGCCCUCUCCGCCGGGCAGCACCGCUGGAUCGGGCCGCUGAAAUGAGCCCUUAUCUGGAACCAGCAGCGUCUUAUCUGUCAUAGAACAGGCCCAGUUUGUGUCACACUGUCGGAACCGGCGGUUCUGGUUCGUGUGUUUUUGUAGCCGGAGCUGAAGCGCGGAGGGAAGUUCAGGACUCACGCCGAGCUCAGCGCCCCUCCGCCGGGCUGCGCGGCUGUGUUCGGUCCGGCGGGACUCCCCUCGGUUCGGGUGAAACAUUCACGAUAAAUCCAGGCUUCUCCGCCGGAUUGGACCGCGCCUGGUUCCGUGUUGUUGUGGGGUUUUGUGGAAGGACAUGGCCGAGUCGGGCCUGCCCGGUUCGGCGGACCUGGACGCCGCCAACGGCCGGGCAUCGAGCCCCGCGGCCGGGAGGAAGAGGGCGCAGGAGUCCCCGGGUCCACGGCCCAAGUACCAGAGUUCUGGACCGGGUCACUGCUUCAAGAGGGUCACCCUGACCAAACCCACCUUCUGCCACGGCUGCAGCGACUUCAUCUGGGGCCUGAUCGGGUUCCUGUGUGAAGCUGGACACGUUCCAUCACCACUGGAGGGAGGGGAACCUGGCGUCGGCGGCCAGGUGUGAGGUGUGUCGGCGCUCGUGUGGCUCCUCGGAGGUCCUGGCAGGGAUGAGGUGCGAGUGGUGUGGCAUCACGAGCCAUGCGGCGUGUUACCUGAGCGUGCCGACAGAGUGCACUCUGGGACGUCUGCGCUGCAUGCUGCUGCACCCGGCCCACGUCCGCCUGCAGGCCAGGAACUUCAGCAAGAUGCACUGUUACCGGAUCACCGAGACCUGCGGGCCGGACCAGGAUAACUCAGAUUCUGUCGACCCGCCGGCUGCAGCAGCUAAAGAAGUCCAGCCGGCUCCAGAAUCCGGGAAGCAGGUCCUGAAGGUGUACGACGGUGACGACGCGGUCAAGCGCGGCUCCUUCCGAUUGAUUUCGGCCUCCAGAGCCCCGAGGAACGAGGAAGUGGAGGCGGCGCUGAGGGCCUUCUACCUGCCCAACGAGCCCAGCAGCUUUGAGCUGCAGGAGGUCUCGGUUCUGCAGCGGCCCGCCAGCGACGACAUCCUGAACCAGAACACCAGCGCUCCGGAUAACCGGGGCUCAGCGAAGGACCCCAGUGACUCCUGGCUGCUGAGGGCCAAACCACGAAAAACUGAAARCAUCCAGGUGUUCAGCAGCUGGUCCAGGUCCGCCUCAGCUUCCGUCUCCGUCUCAGAGGCGAGCUCUGCGGCGUCCGUCCUCGGCGACGCCCUCCUGCAGCUCAGAGGACAGGAGGACGGCGGCGGCGGCUCCUGCAGCCCGGAAGGUUCUGGAAAAGUUCUGGAUGAAGACGUGUCCAACUUCAGCCUGCAGGAGGUGAACAUGAGCAGCAAACAAGUCCAGAGACAGACGCUGAGUCCUCAGGAGAAGGUUCUGGACAAACUGCAGGAGAUCAGGAAGGUGUCUCUGAGGCAGAUGAACCAGACCCGGUUCUACCUGGUGGAGAACAGGACCCCGGUCGUCCAGGUGGACCUGCUGAUUGGAGGACUGCCCCUGCAGAAGACCAAGGAGGACUACGUCCAGCUGCUGCACAAACACCUGGCCCUGAAGAGUCACCUGGUCGCCGUCAGCCAGGUGUACAGCAGUCAAGGAGCCGUGUCGCUGCAGAUCAGCUGUUUCUCUGAGGCUGAGAGGAUCUACAUGCUGGUGAGGGACACGUCUGUGGACAACAAGCUGCUGAGCUCGCUGCUCAUCCCACAGGUGGAGCACAACCAGCUGGGAGUGGACGUCUGUCCCCUGCUGGUGUUCGUCAACCCAAAGAGCGGUGGUCUGAAGGGCCGAGAGCUCCUCUACAGCUUCAGGAAGCUCCUGAACCCUCACCAGGUCUUCGACCUCUGCAACGGAGGCCCGCUGGCUGGCCUGCAYACGUUCCGGGACAUUCCGCGGUUCCGGAUCCUGGUCUGUGGGGGCGACGGGACCGUGGGCUGGGUGCUGGGAGUCCUGGAGGCGGUCCGGCACAAACUGGUCUGCAGGGAACCGCCCAUCGGCAUCGUCCCGCUGGGAACAGGUAACGACUUGGCUCGGGUCCUGCGCUGGGGGUCCGGUUACAGCAGCGACGACCCGUACCACAUCCUGGUGUCGGUGGACGAGGCCGACGAGGUUCUGAUGGACCGCUGGACCAUCCUGCUGGACGCCCGGGACGUCUCAGAGGAGGGCAAGGACAACGGGUUCCUGGAGCCGCCCAAGAUCGUCCAGAUGAACAACUACUUYGGACUCGGCAUCGACGCGCAGCUCAGCCUGGACUUCCACCAGGCCCGGGAGGACGAGCCGGACAAGUUCACCAGCAGGUUCCACAACAAAGGUGUGUACGUGAAGGUGGGCCUGCAGAAGAUCAGCCACACCAGGAGCCUCCACAAAGAGCUGCAGCUGCAGGUGGACAAUGAGAACGUCCCCUUACCCACCAUCGAGGGGCUCAUCUUCCUCAACAUCCCCAGCUGGGGGUCCGGGGCCGACCUGUGGGGGUCGGAGGUGGACGGUCGUUUCAGGAAGCCGAGCAUCAGCGACGGGCUGCUGGAGGUGGUGGGGGUCACCGGGGUGGUCCACAUGGGUCAGGUCCAGAGCGGUCUGAGGUCUGGGAUCCGGAUCGCUCAGGGGAGCUACAUCAGGCUGACGGUGAGGAACCCCCUACCUGUCCAGGUGGACGGAGAACCGUGGGUCCAGCCCCCUGGACUCAUCAUCAUCUCUGCUGCUGGACCCAAGGUCCAGAUGCUGAGGAGGUCCAAGCAGAAGCAGAAGAAGUCUUCGGCCGGCAGGGACGGGCGCUCCGAGAGUCCGUCCUCCGGAGACGGGGGACACUGAGCGGCCCACCUGGACGCCAGGUGCUUCACCUGCUUCCUGCUGCGCCGGAGAGCCGCUCCGGUGCCGGCGGGCGAGAAUCCACUCAUGUAGCUUUGUAGCCACGGGCCGCAGAUCCACCUGGAGACGGGAGGAGGUUAAAGAUUGACUUCCUGCUGGGAGGAGGAGGAGGAGGAGGAGGAGGAGGUUUUCAUUUCAUUCCUGCUCCUUAAACAUUUAACAGAAAUGUGGUUUAAUAAAACAACAGUAGGUCGUUGACGGCUCACAUCAGGAGCAGUUUUUAACCGUUUCUGUGCCGUCAGUAGACGUAGUCUCCGUUUUUACUGUAACCAUUUAAAACUUAACGAGCAGCUACAGAACCGUUCGGACCCGGGGGGAGGGGCGGUCCGAAACAAAGCGACGGGCGGUUUUUACUUUAGGAAAAGCUGCUAACGCGUGAAGCUGAAAGUUCUCUGAGAGCUCCUUCUUCCUCUCCUUUAUCAAGGCUUUUAUUGUGAAAAGUUGUGGAGGAGCUCAGAGGUCAAAGGUCAGGGAUGGACUGGACGUUCAGAUCAGUCUGAGCGGUUUGAAGCUACUGAAAAUAAACCAAUCAGAUUGUUUGGCUUUUUAAAUAAUUCACUGUUUAUUUAGAGGUCAACAUGAAUCAUUUUUAGCUGUAAAAUAUAAAAAAUAAACAGUAAUAAAUCCAGGUAAUUGAUCAAAUUUAAUAAA